GAAGUAAAUAAUUCAUACGACAGGGAGAGGACACUGAAGGAGGUGCAUAAUGUGACGGUCGUCCCAAAAUAAUUUAACGCAUUACAAAAAAAUUCUAUUGCCUUUGAUAUUCUACGAGCGAUUGUAUCUCCUGAUGUUGGAAAACGGACGAAUUCUACGAAAUGCGUCCGACUUUUGAAGGAAUAUGUUAGAACAUCAUCGUGUGUUCACGUAGACUUCGCGCAAGAAUUUCUCGGCUAGAUAAUAUGGAGGAUAUAAAAGUGCCGAACCUAGGACAGGCCGCAUCGGCCGCAUGUUCUAUGGCGACCAAUUUUCUGGCGCCGGUGAAGACCGAACGGCAGAUCUACGAAAAUUCGAUGCUCGAGGACGAUCCUAAUGCAAAUUCAGUAGUACCGACCUCGCAAGAAGACAGAACUGUACCCAGGUGGGGUCCGAACCACAAAGGUGCCCAAGAACUCGCGAAUCUAUACAGCACCGGAAAGAGAACACAAGAGUGUAUUUGUGUGGGUAUUUGUGUCACUCUGAUAGCUGUGAACUCUGUAUUCGUACUCAUCAAAUUACGACUAGAAAAUUUGAGUUACAUAGCAAUGGCUGCACUGUGCGGUAUCAUCACCGCUGACUUUGGCUCCGGUUUGGUUCAUUGGGCCGCUGAUACUUGGGGAUCUGUUGAACUUCCAAUCCUGGGAAAGAAUUUUUUACGACCAUUUCGCGAGCAUCAUAUAGAUCCUACCAGUAUAACGAGACACGAUUUCAUAGAAACUAAUGGUGAUAAUUUUAUGGUCGCAAUACCAGUCCUGUCUAAACUUACGUGGGACUUUCUAACGUUACCUGAAACGGAAAUGCAACAACAGUUCGUGUGGACGUGUUAUUGGUUCCUGCUUGCCAUUUUUGUAGCAAUGACUAAUCAGAUACAUAAGUGGUCGCAUACGUAUUUUGGUUUACCUGGUUGGGUUAUAUGGCUUCAAGAGCUCAGGAUUAUCCUGCCGAGGAAACAUCACCGUGUGCACCACGUCGCACCUCACGAGACUUACUUUUGCAUCACUACGGGAUGGCUAAACUGGCCUUUAGAAAAACUUAAAUUUUGGUACACUUUGGAGGUGAUAAUCGAGUGGUCCACUGGUUUCAAACCUAGAGCCGACGAUCUAAAAUGGGCGCAAAAACGUUCUUGAGAAUUAAUAAUUGUCCUUUCUUUAUUGUAUAUUUUACUAUAUGAUCGAGGUAUUUAACGUACGGCCAAACGUCGGAAACACAACAAAACACAAACAUCGAACUAAGUAGAGAUUAAGUGGAAAAUUUUUAUGGGCAAUAGUAAAAAAAAGCUUGUAUACAUGGAAUCUUCAAUUGUUUGAAGAAGUAUCGAGUAUGUAUACAUAUUAUACUUUUUUCUUUUCAUAUUACGAUACGAGGCCUUUUGUGAAGACAGAUGAAGUGCGUAAGGAUAAAUAGUAUUAUUCGAUAUGCUUUUAAAAUUUACACAUUUUUAAUACGU